AUCAUCAGUAGCCAAAAGUUAUGUCAUUUUUUCAUUAAUGUUUAUCCAUUUUAGCCUCAAAAUCCACAUCUAAAUGAGAAAAUUUAGGAAAAUAUUUCCUUUCUAUUUUCUUUAAUUUUCAUUUGAAAGUCUUGAACAUAUUACUUUCAUUAUGCAGCGUACGUUCUGAGUUGUCUCCUUUACCAUCCAAGAUAAAGACACACUGACACACACUCGCCUCAUAAAAACUUUAAGUUUAAACACCAUUUUCAUUUUCUUUCUUCAAGAAAAACUUAUAAGUAAAAUGGAUAAAGCUCUCACUAAACUUGGAAGCUUUUGGAUUUCAAAGAAAGCCAAGGAAGAAAUUUCGAUCAUAACCAACGAUUUAUCUUCUUUCUCAAACACAGUUGAAGAUAAGGCAAAACUAUUCAUCAACAAGCUCAAAGGCAAAACUCAGAAAAGUUUACCGGAUCUUCUUAGAGAGCACAACCUUCCUCCGGGUCUAUUUCCUCGUAAUAUAACAUGCUAUGAGUUUGAUGAAUCAAAAGGAAAGUUGAUAGUGCACUUGUCAUCCCCUUGUGAGGUGUGCUUCAAGGACUCAUCCAUUGUGAGAUAUUCAAAUCGUGUAAAAGGGACAUUGUCAAAGGGUAAACUCAUUGUUAUGGAUGGAAUUAAGACCAAGGUUCUUGUUUGGGUUAAGGUCACAAGUGUUUAUGUUGAGAGUUAUAAGUCUGACAAAGUAUGGUUCACUACUACUGGUGUUAAGAAAUCAAGGCCUAAAGAUGCAUAUGAAAUGCCUCGUGAAGCUAUUAAGGUGGAUGAAUUUUGAAUCCAAAUGAACGAAUAUACAUAUAGCCUUAUUAAUCAUUAAACGAUUCGUUCUUUUUGUGUAACUUGAGACUUUAGAUAUGUGAAGGUAUGAUAUGAUAGUAUGUAUACUUGGAAAUGUAUACUCUACAUUUUACAUUGUGACCGGUGUAUUGUUUUGGUUUGCAAUUUAACGUUGUUUCGGUAGUUAUUGGUGUCUACUAA